UACUUUAUGAAACAUGUGGCAGAAGUUUCAGGCAACCGGUCCACAAGAGAACUCAUACAGGUGAGAAGCCUCAUUCUUGUCACACAUGUGGCAAAAGUUUCCGUUUUCACAGUUCUUUGUUGCGACACAUGACAGUUCACACAGGUGAGAAGCCGUAUUCUUGUCAAACGUGUGGUAAAAGGUUCAGUCAACGGGCUCACUUUAAGCUCCACAUGAGAACUCACACAGGUGAGAAGCCUCAUUCUUGUCACACAUGUGGCAAAAGUUUCCGUUUUCACAGUUCUUUGUUGCGACACAUGACAGUUCACACAGGUGAGAAGCCGUAUUCUUGUCAAACGUGUGGUAAAAGGUUCAGUCAACGGGCUCACUUUAAGCUCCACAUGAGAACUCACACAGGUGAGAAGCCUCAUUCUUGUGGAACAUGUGGCAAAAGUUUCAGUCGACAGAGUCAUUUGAAGUUGCACAUGAUAACUCACACAGGUGAGAAGCCUCAUUCUUGUGAAACAUGUGGCAAAAGGUUCAUUCAACAGCGUGAUAUGAAAGUCCACAUGAUAACUCACACAGGUGAGAAGCCGUAUUCUUCUGAAACAUGUGGGAAAAGUUUCAGUCAACAGAGUCAUUUGAAGUUCCACAUGAGAAUUCACACAGGUGUGAAGCCGUAUUCUUGUGAAACGUGUGGCAACAGAUUCAUGCAACGGAGUAGUUUGUCGCGCCACAUAUCAAUUCACACAGGUGAGAAGCCGUACUCUUGUGAAACAUGUGGCAACAAUUUCAGGCGACAGAAUGAUUUGAAGGUCCACAUGAGAACUCACACAGGCGAGAAGCAGUAUUCUUGUGAAACAUGUGGCAAAGGUUUUAUGCAACGGAGUAGUUUGUUGCGCCACAUAUUAAUUCACACAGGCGAGAAGCCGUAUUCUUGUGAAACAUGUGGCAACAGUUUCAGGCAACGUAAUAGUUUGUUGCGCCACAUAUCAAUUCACACAGGUGAGAAGCCUAAUUUUUUAUGAAACAUGUGGCAACAGUUUCAGGCAACGGAGUCAUUUGUUGGUCCACAUGGGAACACACACAGGUGAGAUGCUGUAUUCUUGUAAAACGUGGCAAAAGUUUCAGUCGACAGUCAUUUGUUGCACCACAUGAGAACUCACACAGGUGAGAAGCCUCACUCUUUUGAAACGUGACAAAAAAUUCCGUCGACACAUGGUUUGUUGCGCCACGUAAAGAUUCACACAGGUGAGAAGCCUCACUCUUGUGAAACUUGUGGAAAAGACGUCUUUAUUGUAAUUCAUUGCUGCACCAGCAGAAUACUCACAAAUGGAUGAAAUCAUGAAAGACUCAGGAAGUCCAACUUGAAGCCAAAAAUCACAAAAAAUCAUCAAGUUUGAAGGAAACCUUACUGAUUUGUACACUGUUUAGACUGUGCUUCAGGAACAGUUCACUUUGUGGUCUGUCACAAUAAAAGUCAACUUUCUAGAAAUGGAAAUAAAAUGUUGAU